AUGGGUGCAAUUAACGCUAAACCACUUCUCGACAAACCAUGGAGAGAAAUAAACUGGAAAGACAAACAGAGCGCUCUGCAGCAUGUGAAGAACUACAAACCUCAAGUUGAAGAUCGGCAGCUCAGGAUUCUUCUUCAUGGACCAUCUGGAGCUGGAAAAUCCAGUUUCAUUAACUCUGUUAAAAGUGUCUUAGAAGGCAAAAUGUGUAGAGUGGCCUUGGUGGCUAACGUUGCUCAAGCCUGUCUGGACAAAAAGUACACAACCUACAAGAUCGAAAAGGAAAACCCAAACUCCUUUUACCCUUUUGCAUUGAAUAACACCAGAGGCCUAAUGGAAGGAGAAGGUGUCCCUGUGGACGACAUCAAACUGGCUUUGAAGGGACGUGUGAAGGAAGAUUACAAGUUCAAUCCUAAAUGUAAACUGUCAGAAGGCGACCAAUACUACAACACAACAGUAAAUCCCAACGAUGAAGUGCAUGUCCUGGUUUGUGUAAUUUCUGCUGACACAGCAAAUCAUAUGAGACAUGAAGUUAUAAGGAAGAUUCAUGAAAUCAGGAAAGCAGCCAGUGAACUAGGGAUUCCUCAAGUGGCCGUUAUCACCAAAGUUGAUAAGGCCUGUCCUGAGAUCAAAGAAGACUUAAAGAACGUCUACAAGUCUGCUUACCUGAAGGAGCAGAUGGAGCAGUUCAGUGCAGACGUGGGCAUCCCGAUGAACUGCAUCUUCCCCGUGAAAAACUACUCUGAAGAAAUCGAUUUGAAUGAUGACGUUGACUCACUGGUCCUGAACACACUGAAACACAUCAUCGACUUCGGAGAAGAAUUCAUGAACCACAAAAUGAAUCAUCCUGAAGGUUCAUACUUUGUUUGAGAACAGCAUAAAAAAGGCUGCAUGUCAUGACAAUUGCACUAUUAUCAAACAGAAUCUUCUACAUCAUUUUGCUUAUUU